AAGACGCCUCGGACGGCCCCGCGCUAGCUUUUUCGCCCUCUCACCUUUCUUUUCAGCUUUCAAACCAACAUGGGCCGUGUUCGUACGAAGACCACCAAGAGGGCGUCCCGCGUUCUCAUUGAGAAAUACUACCCCCGCCUCACCCUCGACUUCCACACCAACAAGCGUAUCAUCGAUGAGGUCGCCGUUGUCCCUUCGAAACGUCUCCGCAACAAGAUCUCCGGCUUCACGACCCAUUUGAUGAAGCGUAUCCAGCGCGGUCCCGUCCGUGGUAUUUCGUUCAAGCUCCAGGAGGAGGAGCGUGAGCGGAAGGAUCAGUACGUUCCCGAGGUUUCUGCCCUCGACACCAGCGUUUCUGGUCUUACUGUCGACAAGGAGACCAAGGCUCUCCUUGCCCACCUCAACUUCGACUCCAUCCCCGUCACCAUUGAGGAGCCCGUCACUGUCAUCCCCGAGCGUGCUGGCAGGAGGGAGCGACGGAACGUUCCAGGUGCUGGCCGUACCUAAACGUCUUUCUUGCUUCCUUUUAUUGUUGAUGCUUAGCGGGUGGGGAGCGCGAGACGGAGGGGGUUGUAUGUGCUAUGAUUCGCAUGCCAUGUACCGCUUUACUGCACCAAAACAUAUGCCGCUCGGGGUCGGGCACCUUUUCUCCUCAUAAUGAGUCUCGUUGUGAGGCCAAGACAGACGGAGCACUUGGAGUCACUCUCAGAGCGAUUGUUUUGCCCGCCCUUCUAGACAGUGCCGCCCUCGGCCCAUUACUUCCUCAAAGUCACUGGUAGUCUAACUCGCCCCGUCUAGCGGCAUGGUGCAAGAUAUACACAAAGGAAUCC